AUGCUGCGGGCGUACUGGACGAUCGCACUCGAUCCCAAGGCGCCGUACGCCGUGCACGCCGAGCGCCACGUUUUCUUUUGGCCGCUCUACAGUGCAAGUCGCCAGGCACCGCGCUUCUACUGUCUCCGCUUCCAUCGCGCCUACGUCUUCUUUGCCACGUUCCUCCUCCAGUUUGCGACCGGCUCCAUUUACGCCAUUUACUCGGUGUCGGGCCCCAUCAACGUCUACUUUGGCUUUCCAGAGGACAGUGCCAACGCCACCAAUGCCGUCGUCAUCUCGGGCAUCCUUGGUAUCCUCGCGCAAGCGCUCCUCGGGCCGCUCGUCGAGCGCAAGGGGCCGCGCAAAAGCCUUGGCGUCAGCACCGGCAUUAUGGCCGUUGGGCUCUUGACGGCACAGAUCGCGACCGUGCUGCACAUCUGGGCCCUCCUUCACGUCGGAGUCGCGUUCGUCGCCGUAGCGUUUGGAGCGAUAAUGCUCGCAUCCAUUUCGACCGCGCUCAAGUGGGCACCGGAUGCUCGCGGUACCGUGGCUGGCAUUUGUCUCUUUGGUUUUGGACUUGGCAAACACCUCUGGGGGCUGCUCUUCAAAGCGCUCCUCGAUGGCACGGACGCGACCUUCCAGUACCUCUUUUGGAUCCUCCUUGCCGUGCUUCUCUCGACGCUCUUGCUAGCGACGCUCAUCAUUCGCUUGCCACCAAAAGACUUUAGCGUCCGCGGGCACGACAUGCACUGCAUUCCGUGCGCCAAAGCUCCCAACACGAGUCUCGUCCAGGACGAGUUUCUCCAUGUGGGCAUGACGCUCGUCAACUACAAGGCGAUUGCGCGCCACAGCAACUCGCUCGUCGAGGGCACGGACCGUCGGUACCACGAGCAAGUCAAGGCUAUGUCGCUAUUGCAGUGCAUUUUCUCGACCGACUUUGCCUGUCUCCUCCUCGCGCUGACCUCCAACUCGGUCGUGGGCUUGUUUUACAACGAAAUGACCGCGACCCAAGUCCACUCGAACCUCCUCAGCGACGUGUACCACAUCUCGGACGCGGCCGCCGACGCCAUUCGGUUCCGCGGUGUCGUUGCCGACCUCUCGGGCCGGCUCGUGAUCCCCAUUCUCUCGGACAUUUGCAUCCGGCUGCUGUACGGCAACCCGGCGCUGGUUCGUAAAGGCUGCUUCCUCGUCUUGCUGCUUGUGCAGUGCGUGGCGCUGCCUCUGGUCUACUUUACGUCCAACCAAAUGACGGACGUUGCGUCGGUCGAGCGGCUCUUGUAUCUGCUGCACUUUGCCUCCAACUCUGGCGCGUCGCUGCUCGGGUGCUUCCUGGCCGACAUGUUUGGUGUCUACCACGUCGGUACCAUGUACGGCCUCUCGUCGCUGACGUGGGCGGUUGGCCAAGGCAUUUUACUUGCAUUUGCCGUCGACUCGACGAGUGAGAUUGGCCGCCAAGUGCUGCUGUUCUGGUAUCUCUCGCUUCUCGGGUUUGGUUUUAUGCUGCUCGUGCGGACAAACUCGUCGGACCGGUUCUACCGCGGCUACCAAUUCACAGUGUGCGGCAAGGUGCUCGUGCGGCGGCCGUGGCGCCGUAGCCACGAUGCUCAGACGAUGGAUUUCUAUGCAGACGUGCCCGACACGAACGAAGCCUUUGCCUCGAUGCCGUACCUCUGGUCGUCGUCGAGCUCGUUGGGCAGCCUCGAGGACGAUCCGACCAAGUGAUGUCAUGUAGAACGAGUCGUCAUCAGGAAAAGCUCGCGGAGUUGUACUAUAAGAAAUAAGUUCUUGAUUAUGAU